GUCUGUAAUCUUCAAGUUCAAGCGCUAGCUUACAUUAGCCCGAUAGGGUGCGGUUCUUUAGGCCUUCAAUCCACAUCAGGAUGGUGCGGGUUGUGUCCGAGCACCACAUUCAAAGCUCUGCAUAAAAGCUUGCAGCAUUCUGUUGCCUUUAAUACUUUUUGAUCCUGGCGACACUCGGAAAAGCUGGGGGAGGACCUGGUCAUGAGUUUGUGGAUGUGCAAAAAUCCAGAAAAGAGGCCUCGCUUACAAGUCGAUGCCAUUAUAUAGGAUCAAGCGACUGCUGCCAGGUGGUGCCGUGACAGUGGUUACUGUGCGCAAUUGGGAGAGUCAAAACAGUUUGGUGCUCUAUAAAAGACUGGAGCAGCAAUCGACCUACAUUAAAGCACUGUGGUCAGAACCGUAGACUUAAAGCGGCCCCCACCUAGGGACAGCUAGUGUAAAAGAGUGCAGUUACAGGGUUCCAAACCUUGCAAAAGCUUUGCAGACAGGCCCGAAACACUCCCACAGCAGCCCUUUUUCUCAGACUACCUUCAGGGGAGCUCCUCUUACCCACGCUGUUCGACUCUCUUAGAGCCGCUCGACAAUCACUGUAGGCUUUCCAGAACUUCCAACAGCUGUGAAAGCGCCCUGGCCUUAAGCAGGUACUCCUAAAUGGGAGUACCUUGUAUACUCUUUGGUGGCGCCCUCUGCCCUGCUCCUCAGAAACCUGUGAACAUCCAAUUGAGAGGUCAAAUUUUCGAUUUUCAAAAGGGUGACAGAGAAGUCAGGCGGUGAGGAUUUUGCCGAUCAUGACGGCGGCGCCCGCGCUACUCGUCUAGAAAGCUUCAAGGCUUGUGAAGGAAACCAAAGGGUUGUGGAGAAGGUAGCUCUGGGCGCGUGCGGAGGGUCGUUGAGGGUUUAGCGAGGGCAUACUAAGGGUUUAAAAAGGAGUUACCAAAAUUUCCAGAUGGUGUCUCCGUCGCUGAUGUCAGAAAGCCGGCAGGGCUGGUUGUACAAACUGGGGCGCCACAGCUGGUCCUCGUUCCAGUGGCACAAGCGCUACUUCAUGCUCAACGGACACCAGCUGUGCUACUUCCGGGGCCUUCCCCAGUCCAACCAGACUCCGGCGAAAGUAUGGUACCUGGGUCACGACUGCAGAGUCGACAAUCUGGGAAUCGACAACUCCUCUGGGAAGGAUAUCUUCUGCCUUAAGCUCUACUUUGGGCUGCGGCCCAAUGGGAAGGAGAUCAGACCCUUACAGUUGGGCGGGAGGGACCCGGAGGACGUUGAGCAGUGGUACCAGGCACUGAAGGACCGGAUCAUAGAGCCCCCCGGCAACUCGAUGCGGAUACACUUGCCAUACGGCCGCAGCCUGGGCCUGAGCAGCAGCACGCUGUCGAACACGCUGUCGGAUGAGGACGACGGGGACGACUUGCCCGGCAAGCGGAAGUAUGGGUCCGACACCGAAGCGGCCCAGAGACAUCGGCGCACCGCGUCGAUGGACGACAUCCCGACGCACUCCCCCGAACCCAGCUUCCUCGACUCCGGCGGGAAGCCGUUCACGCGCCUGGAGCACCAAGUGUCAAAGGUUCCCGGACUUCCGCCGGACUUCGACGACCCUCCUGACGUCAUGGAGCUGCGGCGCAAGCAGGCGUUUGCGGCGGGCCCCUCCGUGUAUGACGUGGCGGGGCUGCACUCGGAGCCAAGCCAGCGGUGGCGGCUAGUCAGGCUCGAAAACGGUCUUCGUUUCUACGAAGAAAUACGGGAGGAAAAGGUCAGCAACGCGCACGCUGGCCUCACGACGAUGAAAUCCAUGGGCGUAGUAGACGCCCCGUGCAACGAGAUCUUCAAGCUGCUGAUGGACGUCGGUAGCUCGCGACACGAGUGGGACCACACCUGUGCGGACGUCCGCGUCGUAGAGCGCGAGGACGGCCACACAGACAUCGUGCACCACAAGCUGCGCCCGUCCGUCUUCCCGCCGUGGCUGGUAUGGCCACGUGAUCUGUGCAUGGCGCGGUACUGGAUGCGCGAGGAGUCGGGGGCGUAUGUCAUCCUCUUCCGGUCCACGAUCCAUAAGGACUGCCCACUGGAGUCGGGCUACGUGCGAGCCAACCUCGUAUCGGGAAGCUUUAUCAUCUCUCCGCUUAAUACGGAGUCCAGUCGGGAGUCAGCGACGCCCCAAUCUCUGGUGAUCCACCUCCUGGAGCUGGACCCUUGCGGUUGGCUGCCCCACAUGUUCGGCAUCCCCGCGGCCUUCCACCUCCCGAUGCUGAUGCGAGUUGCAGGCAUCCGCGAGUUGUUCCAGCAGACGUCGCGGGAAGCCGUGACCACUCUGCUACAGGUUCCGGCCAGCCUGGAAAGCGAGCCCGCCGUCAUUGUGGCGCCGGAAACGCCGCGACCGAGCGCAAAAAUACCCAUUGUCACUAAGCCCGUGCCUCGAAGCGCCUCCUUCUCCAUUUCGACGUCCUCACUGUCGACGCCGUCUGUCUCCAGCUACGAAUCGACGCCCUUCGAUCCGCGUUCCCUGCGUCUCACCUCCCUCAAGCGCCGCCCGUCCCUCGACGAUUCGUAUCUCCGACGCUCGCCCCCAUCGUUCAGUUCCCGGCUCCUCUCCUCCGGUUAUGGACCCGACUCGGCCGCUUAUCAGCCCGCCGAGCCCGCUUAUGCCCCGGCCCCGUCCGCGUAUGUUCCCUCCACAGGGAUCCCUUCGGUUCCGCGCCCAAGCACGCUGGACCCGUCGCAGUUUUCCGGUACGCUGUCGUAUGGGCCGAUGGAGGACGGAGUGAACAGCUGGGCGGAACCGGAACCGCACCACUUUCCGGUGCGGAGCAAGACGUAUCUCAGCGACAAGCGCAAGAUCCCCGCCAACUCGUGCCACAUGCAUCUCGUGGCCACCGAUUGGCUCACCUCGCGGGAGCGCAUCGACCACGUGGCAGCGCGCCCCGACUCGUGUGUGCAGUUCGCCAUCCAGAAGGCGCGGAAGGAUCCCGAGAAUCCAAUGCCCUUCUUCUUGAUUGUCAACCUCCAGGUCCCCGCCACCCAGCAGUACUCCAUGUGCUUCUACUACGCCUGCGUGGACUCCCCCGAAAAGGACUCCCUCCUGGGCCGCUUCGUCUACGGCACCGACUCCUUCCGAAACUCGCGCUUCAAGCUCAUUCCGAGUAUCGCGAAAGGCGCGUGGGUUGUGAAACGGUCUGUCGGCACGAAGCCGCUGAUCGUGGCGAGUGCGCUGAAAGUGGACUAUCACAAGGCGGAGAACUAUUUGGAGAUUGAUAUCGAUAUUGGGUCGUCGACGGUCGCGAACGGAGUGGUGCGGUUCGUGCUGGGGUACGUGCGAAGUCUGGUCAUCGACAUGGCCUUCCUAGUGCAGGGGAGCACGGAGGACGAGUUGCCUGAGGUACCGAUUGGCACUGUGCGGCUGUGCCAUCUGGAACCGAACGCCGCCCACGACAUCGACGAGGGGGAGGCCGAGGAAUUCUGUCAGACUUGACACUUUUGGGGAUAGCUAAAACACGUUCGUGGGCCGAGAAUCGCGUUUAGUGUCAGCCCACUGCAAAAGCAUCAUCUGCAUUGAGUGUUGCACUGCGUACGAAAGCAAGAAUGUGUGAGUACAGCUCGGCAGAAAUAGGAGCACCGCACAUAUGUCUGCAAUGGAAGGC